UGAACUUCAUCUUAGUGUAUAACAUAAUUGAGAUGGUUUUCUGGCCCAGUUCCUAGCUUAAUAUCUAUUUAAAAAAAAAAAAAGCAAGCAAAAAAGAUGAAGGAUGUGUUUUCUUAAUGACAGAAUGAUGGAAGCACCAGAACUUGAUAGUGUGGGAGAUUAGUUGUGGGACAUUGGUAAGUCAUUGGUUUGUAUAUAUCCCAAAGAGAGACUCUGAUUUGAUGUCAGUUUGAUUCAAGUUCUUUUAUCAUUAUUCUUUUGAAAUGCACCACUGUUACAGCAGCUGUCUUCCCAUACGAGAUCCUUGUAGCCAUUCUUAACAGAGCAAUAUGAGUUUGAGCGGUGCUUGAGGCCAAAAAGUUCUGAUGACCCUAACAGAUUUAGAAGCUGGAUUUUAUUCUGCUUCCUGUGGUAUGUUGGUUCUGUAAAUAAUUUGUGUAGUGCUCCACAAAAUUCUGAUGUGAAAUGGGUGUUAGCUGCCAUUGUUGCAGUGGCCUCAGUGAAACUAAUUUUUGUGGGAAUUAGAAGACAGUACUAUGUUGAAAAAAUACCAUGUAUGAUUCAGUUCUGCAUGCCACAGAUAGGCAUUAUUCUCCUUUAGAAAUUGUAGAUGUGCUUCAUAUUUUGCUGUCUUUCAUAUAAUCAUAGGGAAAUGGCAGGCAAGAAGAAAGAAAUCCAGCUUCAGGCCUUGGUAACCAAUCAAAGCCAAUGGGAUGAAAUGUUGCUGACAAAGGGUGUAUUAGUAAUAGAUGUGUAUCAAGCUUGGUGUGGUCCUUGCAAAGCUGUGGUAAAUUUAUUCAGAAAACUGAAGAAUGAGUUUAGUGAAGACGAUCUGUUGCAUUUUGCCGUGGCAGAGGCUGACAGCAUUGCAACUCUGCAACCAUUUAGGAAUAAAUGUGAACCUGUGUUUCUCUUUUGUGUUAAUGGAAAAAUAAUUGCAAUAGUGAGAGGUGCAAAUGCUCCUCUUAUAAGUAAGAAAAUAACAGAGCUAGUAGAAGAAGAGAGGAAAAUUGUGGCUGGAGAGAAAGAACGUCCUGAGGUAGAAGAGCUUAUUUUCCCAGAAGAGAAAUUGUCAGAAGAUGCUAUUAAGGAGACUGUACCUGAGGAAGGAGUCAGGUAUUCUGUUGCAAUUAUAAGACCUGAUGCUGUCUUAGAGGGACGUGUAGAAGAAAUUAAACAGAAGAUUACAGAUGCAGGCUUUGGCAUUGCAGCAACAGAUGAAAAACUGCUAACUGAAGAGCAAAUCAGAGUAUUCUAUGCUCGGAAUAUAGAACAGCCUGAUUUUGAGGAUUUUGUUCAAUUCAUGAUGAGUGGACCAUGCCACAUUUUGGUAAUCGCUAAAAAGGAAUCAGCUGAUGCUAUUCCUCACUGGAAGGAACUAAGUGAGCCAAGUGAAAAUCAGCCUGAUGAGCCGGAGCCUAAAAAGCCAGAUAGGUUGGAAGGAAUCUUGGAAACUGAGGCUCUAUUAAAUAUAUGUGAUGUGCAAGACAGUAUAGAAGAGGCUAGCAGGCAACUUGCCUUCUUUUUCCCAAAUUUUGAUAAAGAGAAAACAGACCAAAAUGUUGAAAGAACUUUGGCCUUAAUUAGACCUUUUCUCCUAAAGGAAAGACGAUAUUCUAUUAUGCAAAGAAUAACGGAUGAUGGCUUCAAAGUAGUAAUGCAGAAAGAAAUAGUCCUAACUGAAGAACAAGCACGUGAAUUUUACAAGGAGCAUGAAAAUGAAGACUACUUUCCACUGCUUCUCCAGGAAAUGACCAGCGGUCCAACUCUUGUACUUGCUCUAACACGAGAAAAUGCUAUAAAACGCUGGAGAGAGUUACUUGGCCCAAAGACUGUUGAAGAGGCUAAGAAGAAAAAUCCAACCAGUUUACGUGCAGAGUUUUCAGUAGAGAGCACACCUUUUGAUCAGCUGCAUGGCAGUUCUUCACCUGAUGAUGCUCAGAAGGAAUUACAGUUCUUCUUCCCUCAGGAGCACACUUUGGCAUUAAUUAAACCUGCUGCUGUUAAGGAACAUAAAGAUGACAUUAUGCAAAAAGUUAAAGAUGCUGGAUUUACUAUCUCAAAGAUUAAAGAAGCAACCCUAACUCAUGAAAUAGCUGCACAGUUUUAUAAGGAUCAUGAAGGAAAACCCUUUUUUGAACCAUUAGUGGCUUGUAUGACCACGGGCCCAUCCGUGAUAAUGAUUUUAACAAAGGAAAAUGCUGUGGAAGAAUGGAGGCAAUUAAUGGGUCCAACAGAUCCAGAAAUGGCAAAAGUGACCUCUCCUGAAUCAAUUCGAGCUCAGUUUGCACAAGAUAUUUUGUCUAAUGCUGUUCAUGGAUCAUCUAAUAAGGAACAUGCGCUAAGAAGUAUUGAGUGUGUAUUUGGAGAGAUUGAUAUAGAUUAA